GGCGAAUGCGCGGCGAUCGGUGCAGAAGGGAGCCGAGAAAAUGGAGGGUUGGCUGGACAGACUGCGCAAAAGCACAGCGUUGGUACAACCGGAAGGCGCAGGAGAAGACGAUAUGAAGGACAUGGAUCAUGAUGCUGACGCUGAUUAUGAUCUCGGACGGAUUUCACUGCAAAAUCGCAGGAGCCGUGCGUCUGCGAAGACUGGUGAGGCAGCGCGAACCACGAUGAUUCCUGCUGGGAAGAACGGGCUACCUGCUCGCGGCUUCUACAACUCAGCAGGCGACGAGAAAAUAAACGCCUCCAAAUUAUCCGUGAGUCCUAGCAGCUCAUCUUCUCCGUCCAACCGAGCAUCUCGGGCCUCACGAAAAUCAAACGCAUCGGGUCUUCUGCGGGGCAGACUAUCGAAGGUGGGAAAACAGAAUCAAAGAGCGACAAGCGCAGCAGAGCUUGAUGGGGAAACAACCGAGCAGUUUGUUUUCGCGGGAGACGAUGGUGGACUGUCCAAUACAGAAAUACAGCGACCAUCUUCAAAAAAUGCUACAGGUGAAAGAAACAACAGGUUCUCAGCAUACCAGGAACUACAAACGACCGGUGGCUCGACUUUUCAACCAGCGGAAAGAACGCUUUCUCUCAACGCGGACCGUCAUGCUCCUGUAGCUGGCGACGGUACUUUUUCCUUCGCAUUGAACACGGUUGCGGGAAGGUUUGCACACCAGGAGCCUCAACAAGGUAGAGCAGGAGAGCCAGUCCUACAAGGUGCUGCAUUCAACUUCAACAACAACGCCAAAAACGCGGAACUAAGUACAACUACGCCACUAGAGGGACCAGCAAGAACUUCAAGCACUAUUAAAGACUCAAGGCCGCUGCAUAUUGUCGGCCGAAGCAGCCGGUACGAUCGGGAUCCGGACACGGCGAACCUUGCCUCCUUCUAUCGAAUGGUCAAUGGGGUCAAGCCGGGCAAAAGUAGGACUUUACCACCUGACGCUUCCUUGUCGCUACUGGAUCUGCAAAAAAAGUACAAGAAUUUUACCAGUGGCGGAAGUUCAUCCUCCUCCGCUGCCUUUGUUGAAGAUGCCAGGCAGAGGAAAAGUCAAAAAGAACAAGGAACGCCCGCUGCAUCUGCCGGGAAGGAUAAGAAGGAAAGUAGCACGAUAAAAUCACUUCUAGAAACAUCAAGCAAGAACG